AUGUAUAGGCCUUCUUCAAAAUUGUCUUCGUCGGUGACCAUUUUUAAGAGAUUCAAUACCACAACAACUCCUCCUCCUCCUCCUCCUCCUCCUCCUCCUCUUAGAAAACCAAUUGACGAAUACUUCACCUACUUCAAUACAAAGGCGACAUUAAGACCAUUGAUUUAUCGUCCCAAGAAUGCAAACACACUAUUAACCAUGGACCUAAAGGAUCCGAUGACUAAAGAGCCUAUAAAGCCUCGAAGCCCCAUAAAACCCAUUCAAAAAACCGUCUUAACAGAAUAUAUAAAGACUAUUCCUUAUGGCUCGAAUGAGUUUUACGAUUGGUUCAAGAAAUGGACGAGUGUAACACCAAGAAAACGUGAAAUUUGGCACUUUUUCAAUUCUGCUCAUUUCCAAACGAUGAUAUUUCAAUCUUUUUUCAAAAUUGGUGAUUUUAGUAGAUUGACUGGUUAUCUUUAUUCUAAGAGGGCCAAAUUUAUGAAAAGUAAACAUUACAAGUUAUAUGAUAUGGAACACUUCUUUAAUUCGAUUAUUGCAUGCAAUUUACAUAGAUCAAAAUUUUUCGAAUUCGAUAAUCCAAAAACUUCUUUAAAAAAACUGAAAAACGUUUGGGCUAAUGUCACUUUUAGAAAUAACACUAAUGGACUAUCUAACUUGUUAGUAGAAUGUCUGGGAAGAAGGUUAGGCUUUGAUCCCUCUGGUCAAUUGAAAGGUUUUGAAAACGUUAAAGUCAAAUUACCUACAAUUAGUGAAUUGUCAGAACAGAACGAUGAAAGCAUAAAAAAAUUCCAUGAAGAUAAUGAAAAUACGUAUAUUAUAACGAGAACAAUAGCCCAAUUCAGUGACGCAAGUGAUAUCAACCCGGAAGUACAAAAAUUCAACGAAGAAUAUCAAACAUUGAACAAGAAAUUUUUGAAACAAGAUAUCUACGAUGAAUAUAUGCAUACCAUGGAGGAUACAUGGUCAAAGAAAUUGAAACUAAAUAGUGUGUUGAAUGAGCAAGAAGAGGAUGAAAUAAAGGAAAAUUCCAGUGAAUUGAAAGAGGAUGGCAGUGAAGAGCAACAAAAAUCUAAUUAA